AUGACUCGUGCUUUAGCCAGCAAAUAUGUUCUACUUGAUUAUUCGCGAUUAACUGUGGACUUUAUUAAUAAAUGUUCUACUUGCUGUCAAGCGAAAUGGAAUUUAAAUUUUUGUGUUGGAAGUUUACCUGCUACUCGGUACUUCAAUGAACGCGUUUUUAUUGAUAACGCCCAAUUUGGUCAAUUACAUUUUUGCACAUUGGUAGAACAUCAUUCGAACCUCAUUUUUGCUCGUCCGGUGAAAGAUUAUUCAUCAAAACAUAUUAUACACAUAAUUUCGAAAUACAUUGAAUCCUACGGCAUUCCUGAUUUGUUAUUAUCCGAUAAUCAUAGACCACUGAUUUCAAAAGAAAUGAACAAUUUUUUGUUCUCUAAAGGUAUUAUUCAUCUCACUUCUAUCAAAUAUCGAUCCACUAGUAACGGCCAAGCUGAAAAAGCAUUUCAAACCAUCAAACAAGGUCUGCGGUUGAGUUUAUCAUUAUCUGACAGUGUAAAACGAUUUAAUUUGUCCAUGGGAACUGAUGGCAUAAAUGCCCUUACACAUAAAAACUGUGAGGAAUCAAAGGAAAAUAAUACAAGUUAUCCAUUUAAAAAAUUGGACACCAAUGACCAGAUUUACAAAAAACUUUUCAAAUUUAAAUUUGCAAUUGCAUCGAACGCUGGGUGUAAGCGUGAGAAGGCAGUAGCAGCUAUUUUAUUCAAAUUAAAUGAUAAAGAGAAAACAAUAUUAAAAUUAGACGAAAUUAGAACUGUAUGCGGCCCAGCCACUAAAGCACAGUUAUUAGAAGUAUUGGCAGUAAAAAAUGCUAUUGAAUUAUUUAUAAAAAACAAACUAGAAAUACAUGAAAUUGUUCUAAUCAUUGAUUCUAUUUACGCUGCAUCAAAAGUAGAAGAAGUUUUUAAAUGGCAGGAGAACGAGUUUAGGAAGUACGACGGUACUUUAGCCAAGCACAUAGAUACAUGGAGAGACAUUUAUGAUAGCAUUUCAAAAAAUCAACUGAAAUUGCAUAUUAUAAAGAUAACCUCGCUAAUCACUAGGGAUGUCAGAUCCCAGACAGACCAAGAUUGGAACAACGUCUGA